AUGCCAUACGAGUUUAUACGAACACUGUCAGUUAUAUAUAGACGCUUGGAUAGAAAUUCACUAAGUGAGUCUGUGCCUUCAAGUAUCAGUAAUCUUGCAAAUCUUCAUGAGCUGUACAUGUCCAACAACAGCCUGACUGGCCCCAUGCCCAACCUUACUGGCAUGAACCUGCUGAACUAUGUGGAUAUGGGCAAUAACAGUUUUGAUAUUUCUGAGGUUCCUCCUUGGCUUUCUUCCUUACAAUCUUUGACAACAUUAAUGAUGGAACACACACAACUUGAAGGACCAAUUCCUGCUAACCUGUUCAGCCUUCCCAAUCUACAGACACUGGAACUGAGCAACAACCAUCUCAAUGGCACCCUGAAUAUUGGUACAACAUAUAUCAACCUAUUGCAAAGCAUCGAUUUACAGAACAAUUCUAUCACCAACUUUAAUCCAAUAACUGGAGGAAACAACAUCACGAUAUUACUUGAGGGUAAUCCAACUUGUGAGAAGACAGAUCAAAAGACAGAGAAUUACUGCAAUUCUUCCCAAUCAAGUUCCACAAAUUCGAUGCCACGAAACAACUGUUUGCAAGUUUCCUGCAGUUCGGAUCAGAUUGCCAGCCCCAAGUGCAGAUGUGCCUAUCCGUACAAGGGCACUCUAUUCUUCAGAGCUCUUUCCUCCUUAGACUUGGGAAAUUCAAGUUACUAUGUAGCUGUAGAGGAGUCACUCAUGCAAACUUUUAAGUCCUAUGAUCUUCCUGUGGAUUCAGUUUCUCUGAGUGAUCCCAUCAUAGACUCAUUUGGUUACCUUGGAUUGAGCCUGGAAGUUUUCCCAUCAGGAGAUGACCGUUUCAAUAAAACCGGAAUUACUAUGAUUAGAUAUGUUCUUAACAACUUGAGUUUCCGCCCUCCACGUCUGUUUGGAUUCUAUUUUCUUAUUGGAUCUACAUAUGAUUACUACAAAGGUAAUUCGGAGUUUGACAUAUCAAAUAAAAAGGUAAGAGGUGGCAUUAUAAUAGGAGCAGCAGUUGGUGGUUCUAUCCUCCUGUUAUUACUAGUCAUUGCAGGAGAAUAUGCUUUCCACCAAAAGAAAAGAGCAAAAAGAGCUACUGAACAGAAUAAUCCCUUUGCAAAUUGGGAUAUGAAUAUGGGAAGUGGUAGUGUUCCCCAAUUGGAAGGAGCCAGGCGGUUCUCUUUUGAAGAGCUUAAGAAAUACACCAAAACAUUUUUGGAAGCGAAUGGUAUUGGAUCUGGAGGUUAUGGGGAGGUAGAUUUUCGUUUUGGUCCUAAUACCAACUACUCACAGGCUCCUUAUAUGAAUAAUGCUUCGGAUGCCCUUCAUGGAGUACCACCUAACACUAUUGAUGCUUUUGUUGAAGCUUCUUCCCACUUCCCAAAUUUAGCUCCCAUUGAUUCUAUAAUUUUCCUUUGUCUUGCAAUUCUCUACACUCAUUCACUCUCUCUCAUAGCUCAACCAACAAAUCCAGUCUCCCACAUCACCGUAAUGGGUGUUGUUUAUUGUGAUAUCCGCUCCAGCAACACAGCUACUUCUUGCCAGCCUGCCAGGUAA